GUACUUGAGCACGAAAUACCUUGUAGAUACCCUUAUUGUAAUAACGGCCCAUAACGUAAACAUUUUUAAAAUGCCAUAGACCAUUACAUUUUAAAAAUGGCAAAUUUCUUACAUUAUGGGCUUCUACGUGUCUUAGAACAGCGUACAAAUGUAACACAGGAAGUGUUUGGCUUACGACGGUUCCCGCAAAACAUCACAAACGGGGGACCCUUUUAAUGCAAUGUUCUCAAAUAUACUUUUUUUUUUUUUUUUUAAAUACAAUUUGAGUUCUUGUAGUGUACAGCUUUUUUUGGUCAUACUUUUUCUCAGAAAAUGACUGACUUUCUCAUACACACACAGAAGUACCAUUUAUUCCUCAAAAUAUACGAUUUCCUCCAAAAAAAUUCUUAAAAUAUACAAGUUCUGAAAUCUACUUUUUAAAUACAAUAUAUGUUUCAUCGAAAAUGUAGGACUUUUCCUCUUAAAAAAAUGACCGCUGAAAUAUGACUUGUAAAAUGAUUUUCUCAACUACUGCUUUUUCCUUUUUCUCAAGUGCUUUUUAAAAUAUGGAACAUUUUCUCAAAUGUACGUUUUGUUUUUGUUUUGUUUUUCCUCAAGAGUACAACUUUUUUUCCCGCAUAAAAUGACUGCUCAAAUAUACAUGAGUCAGAAAAACAGGUGGAAAAAAAUUAGUCUGAAAAAUAGAAAAAAAGUCAGAAAAACAGGUGGGAAAAAAAUAGUCAGAAAAACAAAGCCCUAAAGAAAUUACUCAGAAAACAGUUGUUUUUUUUUAAUCCAAGUGAAUGCGAUACGCUUCCGUAUGUAUGAAACUAUACUACUUUCACUUUAAAAAAAAAAAAAAAUUGACCUAUGCAACUGCAGUAUUCUACAGCAUAGCACAGUAAUCAUAAUUACAGACCAUAUCUGUAUGAUGAUCACUUCUAGGCAAUAAAUAUGAAACCCAUUUUUUUUAAAAACGUAAUUGAAAAGUGUAGAAAUCUUAACAUUUAAAAGCGCACGACAGCGCUCCAUGUGCGUGACAAAUCCUUAUGUCGGUACAGUCGCAAACAACAAUCCUUUGCAACAGGCCUUGGUGCAGUUUUGCUGUGUGGAGAUCUAGUGGCUAAAAAGUCAAACUCCAGUUGAAGCACAAUUACUGCUGCCUUCAGGAACAAGUGGGACUUUGAAAUGUCAUUUUCCCUGAAUUCAAUUAAUUGGCAAUUUAAAGUUUUUAAACUCUCGGAACAAUAGAGAAAGUGAAGCACAGUUUUGUGGAAGACGAGACAAAAGUCUGCUUUUGGGCGUAAAAGUAAUGACAAUUCCAAUGGUCCAUGAAGGCAGCGUAGACCUCAGGUUGUCGUCGUCACUGAGGUUGAUAAAAGUGGCGGCCAGCUGGUUUGUCUGACAUUUUCAACAACUCGCCGAGAAAACGUCUUCCGUGUCCCGUACUUUAACUGGACAUAGAAGAAGAAGAAUUUUAAAAAUGACACCUUUCUUCAGGAGAAAAUAAUGAAGAGGCAUGUUGUUACGGGAUUGCUGGUUCUUUUCCAGGUCCAAGUCAGCUACGUGACGACAAGAUCUGCUUUUGCACAGUAAUGUCUCAGGUUUGAGCCAGACACUGUCUACUGUCGCGGAAAGCCCACCCGGAAGCCCCGAGAGAGACAACGGGGGGCGGAGCUGGCCGUCCAGGCCCACGUCCGAAGCCCCCGGCUGGGCCGCGGACCCCAGGGGCCUCUACGGGGCCCGGCACCUGCCGGAUGACCCUGAUACCGACCUGCUGUUGGAGGAGGGCCACGACAACUCCACGCGGAUUGUAGUGAGACCCCACACUACUUCAGCUAGUGCAAUGAUAACCACACAAACAGGAAGUGGAGCGUCCGCUUGCUCAGUACAACAUUCAUUUAAUAUGAAUUCCACUCACAGAUGAAUUGGAGCAAGCGGACAGAAGAGUGAGGAGGAGCGGAUUUAUUAUUAUUAUUUUCUGUUAGCGAUAGUAUUGACCAGCUUUUUUGUCCAUAUAAAGAAAUAGCAAAGAAUGAUGAAUGCCUUUUUAAUAAUGCUCAAUUGAAUAUAUUUGGGCCAGAACAUGGAUCACGUCUACUACACGUCUAAAAUCGUCGGUCCAGGAGACGCGUGGGUCAACACGGAGCGGGCCAACAAGAACGAGUGGAAGACCAGCGGCUUCCUGUCCAACACGCACCGCCAAGUCGAGAGAGUCAAUCGUUCUUUUGGCUUUCCGUUCUACGGUCACAUGCUGAAGGAAGUCACCGUGGCAACCGGAGGCUUUCUUUAUACGGGAGAUAUCAUCCACCGCUUGCUCGCCGCCACUCAGUACAUCGCUCCGCUCAUGGCCAACUUUGACCCCGGCCUCUCCAGCAACUCCUCUGUCUUUUACUUUGAUAAUGAUGUGCGGCGGAGAACCAUCUAUGAGUACCACAAGGUGGACAUUCUCAAGUCCAAAAUCUCCAAUGCGACCACUAUAGAGAUGUUACCGCUUCCAAGAUGAUACAAAAGCAGCAAAAGGCACACGGUCAGCGAGAGAAUCCUUCAUAUUUUGGUGCAGAUCUGAAUUGAAAAAAUCUGCUAGCAUUGAGGCCAAUGAGCCAAAAGUUUGCUGAAUGCUGAAAAGUCCAGAAGCGCCG